AUGUUGUCCACAGCUUCGCCUCGUCUCGCACCCCGCGUGCCCCCGCAGACCUACCGCUGGGAAGACCUCCGAAGGAUCAGAGCGCAGGGAGGCUACCCAUGGACUCAUCUCACUAAGCCUCCCUUCAGCGAUUCGUGGGAAGACGUGAGUCGUACUUGCCUUAAAACUAUGCUCAAAGUAAGAGACUACGAUGGAAAACGAGCUGGAAUCCUCAGCAGCGCACGGAGCAGUGUACAGCGGGUUGCAUUGGAGAUAGGAGUAGGAGUUGGUGAGAGCGGCAGUGCGAAGGCAGAGUGA